AGCAGGUGAGAAGAAGUUAAACCAGACAGAGAGCCACUCUGUCUAUUACUUUGUAUUGCGAAGAAUCCUCCCAAUCAAAAUGUCAGACUUGUGGGAUGACUUGGAGAAUUUUGCUCGUGCCCCUUCUUCUUUCACAGCAGCGCCAGGGGAGAGAGGUACCAUUAAAGCCAAAGCUAACUUCAACGUAAGUGAAGAUGUUGCAGCUCUCCGUAAAGCAAUUGAAGGCAUAGGAACAACUGAGAAGACACUGAUAGACAUACUGACUCACAGGAGCAGCAGUCAGAAACAGGCCAUUUCAAAGGCAUAUGAAGAAACCACAAAGAGGAUUCUUGUUAAUGAUCUAAAAGGUGAAACCCGGGGCAGCUUAGAAGACCUGCUUGUUGAGCUCGCAAGACCACCUGCAGUUAAUGAUGCUAAAUGGCUAAAUAAAGCAAUCAAAGGGGCUGGAACAGACACCAAAAUCCUGAUAGAAAUACUUGCCUCAAGGACAAAUAAACAGAUCAAGGAGCUGUCUGCCGCAUAUGCUGAGGAAACAAAGAAAACACUGAUGCAGAAGCUAAAAACAGAAGUUUCUGGGGAUUUUGGCAAAGCCAUCCUUCUGCUUGCGGAGGGUGCAAGGGAUGAAAGCACCAAUGUGAAUGCAGACAAGGCUAAAGAGGAUGCAAAGGCCCUCUAUCAAGCAGGCGAGAAGAGACUGGGGACUGAUGAGUCCAAGUUCAUUGAGAUCCUCUGUAAAAGGAGCAUUCCUCACCUGAGACAAACAAUAUUGGAAUAUAAAAACAUCAGUGGAAAGACUUUGCAGAAGAGCAUUGAGAAGGAAAUAUCUGGAGAUCUAGAGGAACUGCUGGUUGCCAUUGUAAAGUGUGUGAUGAGUACUCCUGCUUACUUUGCUGAAAAACUCUACAAUAGCAUGAAGGGAGCAGGUACAGAUGAAAAAACUCUGACCAGAGUAAUGGUCAGCCGUGGAGAGCUUGACAUGCUGGACAUCAGAGCUGAAUUCAAGAAGCUCUAUAAAAACUCACUCUACAAGGAAAUAAGUUCAGAUGUAUCUGGCAGCUAUGGUGACGGCUUGAAGAUGAUUUGUGGAGGAGAAGACUAGCCUGUUUACAAGGGAACCCCUUCAGAUACUUUGUAAAAUGGUUUUAUCAAUAGCAUUUUUUCAAGUUUAUUAGGAAAUAUACCACUUAUAUUUACAGUUUGCUACAGAUAAAGGUAUGAUACUGAUUUACAAUAUUUAAAACAUAAUUUUUAUUUUUUGUCUAAACCAAAACUGUUAACACUUUUUGGUAGUGAAUGGCGCCUCGCAACAUCAGGCAUGACUUUAAUAGUCACUUGAAAACAUGAAACAUUCAAAUUGUGCUGAUGAAUCAUGCAUGUUAAAAUUCGAAACAAAAUAUGCAUAUUUCAUGUAAUUACAUCUUUUUGUUCUAUAUAAAUUAUUAUUUUUUGUGUUUUUCGUCCUUCAUACAUUGUGCGCAACAAAGUUUUCAUAUCUUGCAACUCUGUAUCCACAGAUUUGCUCUCAAUUUGGUGACUCCACUGAAAUGCCAAAGAAUCUGUUAUUUCAACACUGAUCAAGAAAGUAUUUUUGUUUCAUACAUAUGGGUUUCAAGUUUUAAAAGUUUUUCAAAUGUCGGCUGAAGGCAGGUGCUAUCAUUUAUGAUACAAUAAUCAACUAGAUACUUGUAUUUGUACCUUUUAACAAAUAAAUAAACGGAUAAACAUAUUCCUAGCAUGUAGAGCACACACUUUGU